AAGAUAAAUAAAAAGAUAUUAUCAUCUAACUAGUAGGACGUGUAAGAAUGCAUGAAACUGAGGAUAGCUGUAGGCGCCACGAAGGAAGUAACAUAAUGAGCAUAAAGAAAAGGAAUCGAUGAGACGUGUGAUGAGAGCGAAAUGAAGAUGGAGGCGAACAGCAGAAUACAACCCUCGUGAAACGGAAGACGGCAAGUCUCGCGGUGACGGUGUUGUACAACUGGAUGGCAUGCCUGAUCGCCGGUGCCGCAGGUCUUUCAGUUUCUUUUGGACCGUCGUGUGUGCAGCAGCGGAUGCGAUCAGAUGCGAUCGACGUUACGCGCGUGUGAAAGUUAGCCCCGUCUGCGUGCGCCCAUCCUCUGGCAUCGUGCGGCGCGAAUAUGAAGAGGAAAAGCGGGGAGGCGUAAGAGAGAGGUACGCGAAUACGAAUCGGCGCGUCAGGCGAAACGGACGUCCUGAUGAAACUUUUCGUCGCAUGGUGGCCACGCGCACGGAACUGCGACCGUCGCGACCUGUAAAAUUGCGGUAAAUCGAAGCCACUUGAGACAUCGGUGCGAUAUAAAGUGCAAACGGCUAAUUAGAACGGGUGACACGGUGUAAUACGUAAACAUUGACGAACGUGCCGCGCCGAUGUGAAAGUGGCCGGCCGGAUGGCUGCUGAUGAUGGAAUGUACGACGACCGAGUGUUGCAGCACGCACGUCGAUUCGCGGAUUCCGGAUAAUUACACCUAUAGUGACGCUGUGAGGAAGCCGCAGGGCUGGUGGUGGACGACGAAAGCGCGGUUGAUUGAGCAUGCAGCGAUGGUUACUGGCCUUGGACGAGCCUGCAUCCGAUCCCUGCGGUAGCGCCCGAAUGCGUCGUCGAACGCCACGUGCCGUCGGGGGAUGCGUUUCGAGGACUCGACGAGCGCCGGCGCAGCGAGGCGAGCGGCGAUCGCGCGCGAUUCCGCAGCCAGGAUCAAUCCCGAUGGUAUAGAAACCGGUAGGCGCGUUUACGCCGCGUCGCCUAGAAUCGAGCCGUACGAGAUCGAAUGGGUAAGAUCGGACUUGGCGGACGGUGAGAUCUCCAAGUUCGUAGGCGGCAUCGCAGGCGACGAGUCGACGGUCACGACGGCAACGCGAAAUCAUCCGAAAAGAUGUUACCGAACGUCGACCAGUUCCGGUUACUCGAGCCACUCUCCGCCGCUGUCGGCCGGUUCGUAUUCUUGUUACGCGUCGGCGAGGGAUCCGUCGUACGGACGUCCGCGGUCUAUCUGGCCCUCAGUCAUAUAUCGUCACGCCGAAGAGCGCAAUGCCGAUUACGAAGGUAUUUACACGUGUCACGUGUGUGGUUGCGUGUACGAUUAUUCACCGCCGCCACCGGUGUCGCCGCUGCCGAGACCAUCGGCGCGCGAGGUGCUGCUCGAGUUGUCUCGGACUCUGAAUUCUGUGAUAGACAGCGACGUUACUAUGACACCGGAGGACAUCCUGCGCGAUAUCUCGCGCAUCAUUUCCCUGCGGUUGCCUUCGCGUAGCGACAACGUGUACGAGUACGUUUGCGCACCCACGACGCUCAACAGCAAGAAUCUGUCGUCGGGCUACAGCGGAAACGUGUCGUCGGGAGUGAAUCCGGCUGAUUCUAAAGUCCACGUCGGCCCUCGCUGUCUCUACGGGCACAGCUCGGCGCGAUCCGUGCCAUUGCUUCAGAACAAAAUAACGGGAUGCGAGGACGGCGAAGCGGGAAAGAGUUUGGGCAUUGCGAAAAAACAAUCUUGCGAAACGCCUGGCCCGUACGUUCGCAAAUACCUUCACGGAAAGCAUAUUGAGAACAGCUGCUCCAAGAAAUCAUUCCGGCUAGACGGAGACUCUAAGCAGUGUCGGAACGGACUCACCUCGACCGAAUUGCAAUAUUCUAUGCAAUUGGAAUGCAGUGACGUCGGUUCGUCCAGCGAAAGUACGAUUGCUUCAUUGACGGCGAAUGAUUGGAAUCAUCGCGGCUUAACCGUUAAAGGCCUAGGAGACGAUUUUGACUUCACGCUCGAUGUGGCGCGCGCCGAGCGUUUAGGUCGUGCGAUCGCGAGAGCGAAACGGAAACGGCAAUGGUGCCGAAUACUGACAAUCCUUUUCGGGCUAGCUUUCUUCGUGUUGAGCGUCAUUAUUGUCUCUUUAUUCGUAACGAGGGGUCGCAAGGUGUUUGGGAGCAUGUAAGAGUGAGGUGACAAAAAAAAAAUUCAUUCAGAUUAACUUAACGCGCACACAAGUGUAUUCUCUUGUAAGUUAUAGAAACGAUCCGCUGACGUUCAGAAUACUCUAUCGAAUUUCGCGAUAGCUUUACUGCAAACAUUUUGUGAUACAUAUAUACUUUCGUAUGUAUCCCUUCAGUACCUUAUAUAUAUAUAUAUAUAUACUUAAGUGAAAUUAGAAAGAUCUUGCAAUCACAAUAUAUGGCUGUGACCAUGUCCUUUCACGUGUAUAUUUAUUAACUUUUUGCACUCCAAGAGUUGCGGCACACAUUUAUGUAUGCGCUGUAGCGGCGCCCAGGGAGUACAAGAGAUUAAAUAUUGCGUACCAUUACCGAAUUGUAUUAGAAAACAAUUAGACUUAUAAGGAGGCGUGGUAAUACUAUCACUGAUAUCGCGCGGUGAAACGGGUAUCUAUGUAAAAUCUACUUUGAUAAUUUGCGCACGCACGCGCAUAUUUAACACUAGUCUAACACUAGUCGCGCUCAGCGCGGCGCUGCGGACGAUGAGUGACGACAGCUGAGAGAUAACGUACCACUCACGAAUAUUGACGGACGAAUAUUAACAAAUGGUGAAAUCGGCAUUUAAAAACAUAUUGGUUUGAAGCAUUUACUUGAGCAUUUUAAUCGACAUUUUUCAUAUUUAUCGGAACGUCGAAGUGUUGGGCUAUACACAAACUUCAUAUUGACUGGUCAUCCAGGUUAUGUUCAUAUCUGUAUAUCGUAUUUGCCCGAUUGUUGUCUUAUAAAAACUAUAGCACUUUUUCUCGAG